AUGCGCUUCACCUCUUUCCUGCCCGUGGCUGCCGCAGCCCUGCUCUUCGGAGUGGCUUCGGCGACGGAUCCAGCGUGGAAUACGCCACCUCCAUGUGCAGUGAGUGAUCUUCACGGGUCUACCCGUGUCCCCGUCCUUCCGUGCGCCACCCGAGACAAGCGUGCGGAUCGUGAGCUAACCGGCCUCGCCGCCCUGCAGGUGAAUUGCACCAUGUCUGUGCUGGGCAGCGGCGUUACCUCCUGCUCGCCGACCGACACGGCCUGCCUCUGCCUCGAUGACACCUACCAGGCGUCGGUUGCAGCAUGCGUAAAGUCGACCUGCACAGUCAAGGAGAGCCUGGUCGCCAAACGCCUGGGCUUGCGCCAGUGCGGCGUCCCGCGCAGGCCUCAACAGAACGACGUUGCCUCCUUGACGGUCCUCUUCACCAUCACUUUCUUCCUGGUUAUAGUGCGGCUCACAGUCAAGUUCCUCGGCCAUGGCGGCGGCUGGGGCAUUGAUGACUGGCUCAUGCUAAUAGCCUUUUCUUUCUCCAUAGCUCUCUACGGCGUGCAUCUAUGGCGGAUAUACGAUCUCGGGCUCGGGUUUGACACAUGGGAGGUCCCUUUCGCCAACAUCACCAGGAUUCUGGUCGCCUUCUUCGCCAAUGAGAUGCUGUAUAUCAUUCACAUCUCAGCCACUAAGCUCUCGGUGUGCUUCUUCUUCAUACGCAUCUUUGACGCGUCGCCUGUUUUUCGCCGCAUCACGUACCCGGUCAUUGGGCUCAACAUUUUCAUCAUGGUGUUCUUCGUCUUCAUCAUCAUCUUCCAGUGCAAGCCAAUCCAUCUAGCCUGGACCGGCUGGGCGGCCGAGGAACCCGGCCACUGUCUUGACAUCUACAAGCUCGUCUUGGGCAAUGGCAUCAUCAAUCUCGUCAUGGACGCCGUCAUCAUCGGUCUACCGAUCUACGAGACAUCCAGGCUUCAACUCUCGAGGACCAAGAAGCUCGGUGUGUGUCUCAUGUUCGCAAUGGGAUUUGCGCUCACCAUCGUCGGUAUUGUACGUUGUGUCACGUUCUGGCGCACACGCUCCUCGGCGAACCCGACCAUCAACCUCAUGCCGCUCGCCUACUGGUCCUGCGCCGAGACGCUGGUAGCCAUAAUGUGCGCCUGCCUGCCCGACAGCCGAUUCUUCUUCUCGCGCCUCGUUCCCAAGUUCUACAAGACCGUGACCUCGUCCAUCUACCACAAGUCCACCGACAGGGCCUCCAGCGCGCCUGGAUCGUACCGGACACUGAGCAACAUCAGCGGCUCAAAGGGGUCCUCCCGGAAGCCGCUGCAGAAGGCCAAGUCGAAGGAGAUGGAUGCGGAGGAAAUGGCCGGUAUCACCGUCACCGCGUCCACGGUCACGGCAUCCACGGUGUCUCUAUGA